CACGCCCCCUGACGGCUGACACUGUUCGUAAUUUCUUAAAUUACAUUUUUUCAGCCAUUAUAUAUUUUAUAAUUUUGGUUGUAUUUUUCGUGUUAAGAUCCACCGAAAUUAUUUUGAAAAGAGCCAUGUUGUUAGCGAAACGUUUGUUGCCCGGUAUUCAUUAUUCCAGGGUGAUGUCGAGAUUAUGUCAUCAUUCCUUGCCAGUCAAUGAACCCUCCACAGAUCUGACAAAUCCCAGUAUCAGAACCAAUCUCUUAGAUGAACUUCACAAUGUUGAGAAAGAUGAGCUUGAGAUUCCUUGUGUUGUUGGGGGUGAAAAAAUAUUCACUGGAAAUAUUGCUUAUCAAGUAACACCUUACAGACAUCAAAACAGGAUUGCAAAAAUUCACCUUGCUGAUGAGACAGUUAUUAAAAAAGCAAUCAAUGAAUCCUUGGCUGUCAGGAACAAUUGGGAGAAUAUGCCUCAGAAGGAAAGGUCAGCAAUCUUUCAAAAAGCUGCAGACUUGUUAACAACAAAGUAUCGGUUGCCUUUAUUGGCUGCAACAAUGGCAGGACAGGCCAAAGUUGCAAUCCAGGCAGACAUUGACUGUAUUGCAGAACUAGCUGACUUUCUAAGGUUCAACUCGUAUUAUGCCCAGGGAAUUUUGGACCAAGUUGAAAUUAUUCAAACAGAUGGAGUGACAAACAGUAUCAUGCCCAGAGGUUUAGAGGGAUUUGUCGUGGCAAUCAGUCCUUUCAAUUUCACAGCUAUUGGGGGUAACCUUGCUACAGGUCCAGCAAUGCUAGGCAAUGUUGUUCUGUGGAAACCAGCUCUCACAACAACAAGAGCAGCAUGGUUGGUUCAUCAAAUAUUAGAAGAAGCUGGUGUACCCAAAGGUGUGAUUAACUUUCUUCCGGCUCCUGGUUCAAUGUUUGGUAAAACUGUGACAUCUUCCCCAGACCUUGCAGGUCUAACCUUUGUUGGCAGUGGGCCAACUUUCAAAUCCUUGUGGAAACAAGUAGGAAACAACAUCGAUAUAUUUAAAACAUAUCCUCGUCUUUCUGGCGAAUGUGGAGGGAAAAAUUUUCAUUUUGUUCAUGAGACAGCAGAUGUAGAUUCUGUUGUAAAUUGCACAAUACGAGCAGCGUUUGAAUAUUGUGGUCAAAAAUGCUCUGCUUGUGGAAGACUGUAUGUUCCGGAUGUACUUUGGCCUCAAAUAAAAGAAAAGUUGAUCAACGAACAUAAAAAAAUAAAGAUGGGUGAGCCUUCACAGUUCUCAAACUUCCUAUCUGCUGUUAUUGAUGAACAGGCCUUUAGAUCAAUUAAAGGAUUUAUUGAUUAUGCAAGGGAAAGUGACGUCGUUACAAUCGUUGCUGGUGGAACAUGUGACCAAAGUGUUGGAUACUACAUCGAACCAACAAUUGUAAAAACAACCGACCCUCACAACAAAUUAAUGAGCGAGGAAAUCUUUGGACCAGUCCUUCCAAUAUUUGUUUAUCCUGCAAAAGAUUAUAAAGAAACUCUAAAACUGGUCAACGACACUUCAGACUUUGGGCUCACUGGUGCCGUUUUUAGUAAAGAUAUCAACGUUGUAAAUGAAGCUCGAGUAAUUUUGAGGCAAGCUGCUGGUAACUUGUAUAUCAAUGAUAAAGCAACUGGAUCUGUCGUUGCCCAGCAACCAUUUGGUGGAAGCAGAAUGUCAGGAACUAACGACAAACCUGGAUCCUAUCUAAAUAUAUUACCUUGGAUGUCGCCGUUGACGGUGAAAGAAAACAAUUUACCUUUAGUGGACUGGAAAUACGAAUAUAUGAAGUGAGAAUAAGAGAAGUAAUGUUUGACUCAACUGUCGGGUUUUAAAUCAGUGGCAUCAGAACAUUUUGUUUUGCCAGGCUGAAUUUUAAAAAAGUUGAUCGUUUUUCCUAACCGGCUGUGGAAAUGGAGUAAAAAUGAUCAACCAUAUAAACUACAAACCAAUCGAUAUUAUAGGUUUGACGCACUACGAACAAACACAAACAUUGCCUGUAAAGUUUUAAUAUAAUUUUCUAUAUAUUUAAAUCACAGCCAUUAGAAAUAUCACCCAGCUCAUGUAUGUGUAGUCCAUGUGCACCUGGCUGUAGUUUAUGUAGAGUACCAUCAAUUAUACAUUUUUUUUAUCAACCUAAAAAUAAUAACCAUAAAACCAUGAGUUGCAGAUAAUGAUAAUAGAGAUAUUCCUGUAAUCACACCUAAAAUCAUCAUGCUUACUUGAACAAA